CAUCACUCCGUCAAUUUCUAUCCAGAUGACAGGGACUCUCCUCUUUCCUCGUCUUCUCCGACAAUAAGACCAUGCUGUUGCAGAAUUUCUACGCGGAGGGCUUAUUUUUGACAUGGCUAUUGUUCAUGUAUUAGAGUUUUUAGUAUUCGUAAGCUGUUUUAUGAGUAGAUCUGGUGUUGCAGCACUCGAAAAUAACGAAUGCAGUGUGACAAAGUGCCACAGAGGAAGCGAAAUUCGGUUCCCUUUUCAUAUGAAUUACUGGGAGAAAGAUAAGCAACUGCAGUCAGAUCACUGUGGCUCUCCUGCUGCCUUUGAACUUUCUUGCAAUGUCUCAGCUUAUAAAACUUAUGAUUUAUAUUCUUAUUAUCCAGUGAUGAAGUUCGAAUACCAGGUCAACACGUCCCUUCCGGGACUCUAUCUUACACUCUCUGUCACGGCCUACGUGGAUUCCAUCGACUACAAAUCACAGAAGCUCCGCUUUACAUCAAAGUCCAUCGAACUCAAACAACACUAUGACUACUCCUUGUCCGAUUCUCCCUAUAAACCUUUCACGUCGAGGGAACAGGGUGAUUAUACCUUGUACAAAUGUCCGGUAACAAGGGAAUCCGAAGGCCUUGCUAAUUUGGUAAGCCUUGAUGGUUUACAAGUUUUUGCCAUCAGCUCUUACUUCAGAACCACGGAAGCGCUCUUAACAUCUUGCACCAAGUUGUACAAUAUUUCACGUGUCCCGUUUUAUGAGGGAGAGCUGUCUUGGUCUGAACCUGGUUGUGGGGAUUGCGAAGCCAAAGGACAGUACUGCAAAUUCAGACCAAACAGCACUACCCUUACACAGUGCUUCCCAGCUCCCAAAGGUCCCUGGUCAAAUGCCCUUCUGGUAACAGGAAAAGCUGGAGGGAUCUUUGGUUUGUUACUUCUCCUUGUAGCCUUUUGUUAUGCUUUACACUUAUACAAGCAGAAGAAAAAUUACCAGCAGAGGAUCGAACUGUUUCUGGAGGACUACAAAGCUCUCAAGCCCACGAGAUACUCUUAUGCUGAUAUAAAAAGAAUAAGCAAUCAUUUCAGAGUCAAAUUAGGGGAAGGAGGUUAUGGAUCAGUCUUCAAGGGACAACUUUCGAAUGAUGUUGUUGUUGCGGUCAAGGUCCUGAAUGGUAGGGUUGAUGCUAAAGGAAAUGGAGGAGAUUUUAUAAAUGAAGUUAGUACUAUGGGGUUAAUCCACCAUGUCAAUGUAGUUCGCUUGGUUGGGUAUUGCGCAGAUGGCUGUAGGCGAGCUCUUGUCUAUGAGUUUCUUCCGAACAAUUCCCUUGACAAGUUUGUCUAUUCAAGACAAAAUCAGAAUGAUAGAUUUCUUGGUUGGGAAAAAACGGAAGAAAUUGCUCUAGGCAUCGCCAGAGGUAUUGAGUAUCUUCACCAAGGGUGCACCCAAAGGAUCCUCCACUUUGAUAUUAAACCUCAUAAUAUCUUGUUAGACCAAAAUUUCAAUCCGAAAAUCUCUGAUUUUGGUUUGGCAAAGCUGUGUACCAAAGACCAGAGCUUAGUUUCUAUGACUAUGGCUAGGGGAACUAUAGGCUAUAUUGCACCAGAAGUAUUUUCUAGGAAUUUCGGCAAAGUAUCAUCCAAGUCAGAUGUUUAUAGCUUUGGUAUGUUGUUGCUUGAAAUGGUUGGAGCAAAGAAUCAUAUUUCAGAAGGAACAAAAAAAACCAGCGAAGUAUAUUUUCCAGAGUGGAUAUUCCGUCAGCUUGAGCAAAAGAAGGAGGUGAGAAGCCAGAUUCGCGAAGGCGUUGGUAGCAAGAUAGAAAGAAAGCUAACAAUUGUGGGACUCUGGUGCGUAAAUUGGCAUCCGGCUGACAGGCCUUCGAUGAAACAUGUGAUUCAAAUGCUCCAAGGAGAUGACUGCCCAACCAUGCCUCCAAAUCCCUUUAGCUCAACAAGUUCAAAAGAUGUAAAUGCAGCAGCACCUUCUAGGGUAUUCACCAAGGAGCUUGAAGAUAUUUCAGAAUCAGAGUGAGUAUUAACUGAAGCAAGGGGCCUUGUCAGUAAUCUGUAAAGAAUCUCUAAUACAUGUUUGUGUAAUCUGUAUGGUAUUUGUUACCUCAGAGAGAGUUUUUUCUGCUCAGCAUUUGCAAGUAUAAGUUGUAUAAAAAUAAAUAAAGAUGGAGUGUAUCUGCAGAAGCAGAAGAUAGACUCAACAAAUUAUUUGAUCA